GAGUGGAGGAUAAUACAACCUCCGAAAAAAACUUCAUGGAAUCUCAAAUUAUAACUGAUGUAGUUCCUUGGAACGAUGAUCUCGAAAAUCGCCUUUGUCAGUUAUAUGCACAAGAUGAUGUUGUAGACAUAUUCUGGGGCAAAAAUAUUCACUCUUGUGAAACAACGUGGAGUAUAUAUGUGGUUAUUCGUAAUUUUAUUUGCGAAAAAACAGAAGUUGAGGCCUUCGAUGACGCCUUGAACAAUGAACUGGGGCCAGCGUUCCGUGAGGAACACUACAACUUGGUCGGUAUGAGCACUGGUUAUAGACGAACUAAACAUAAGUUUAGUGAAGACCCGGCCAUUCUAUUGUAUGUUCGUCAGAAGGGAAUUCUGCGCCGUGGAUGUCCUGUAUUCCCGGCUGAGAUUCGUGGAUAUCCGGUAGAUAUUGUCGAAGCUUGCGUUGCAACUCCCUGUGGUAUUGGUGUGAGUACUUGCCAAGCUUAUCAAAAGGAUGUUAUGUUAGGUUCGAGCAUAGGCAUAACGGAACCUCAGAGAACGUCUGGAACUCUCGGUGCUGUUGCGUACGAUAAAGACUCAAAACUAGGUAUCAUCUCGUGUGAACAUGUAUGUAGAUUUAGCAAUUUGUGUCCUGGAACAAAUAUUAUGAUCAAUCAGCCUUCGCACGAAGAUCUAGAUAAAUUGAAAAAGUCAUUUGUUGAAUUAGCAAAUGUAGAUAACGCAUAUAAAAAAAUCUCUGAAGAUACGUGUGCUCAAAUUGACAAGACAAAACGGGAUUCAGCCCUAGCUUACUAUAAACAUGGCAUCCGAAACAACUUCACUUCCAAAAUACAUCAAAAGGAUUUUGGUAUUGAUGCUGCAUUUUGUAUUUUUGCAAACAGUGAUCGUACGCUAUGUCCAAAUAAAUUUUCAAUUUUCCCAGAGCAAUUUAAACAAGCAAAACUUCCUGAAAAUACUUGUCUAAGUGGCUUUUAUACAUAUGAAAUGUUUGAUGACAUUGAUGAAUUCGAUGUUUUUAAAGUAGGAAAAACUACAGGACUCACUCGUGGAAAAUUGGUUCCUAUCAUUAAUGCUAUAUCCAUUGAAGUAACAAACGAAAGUAUUGAAUUUGCAAAAACGCAAGGCGAAAUUCCACCAUUUAGUAAGAUCACUGACAAAACAAGCUUCAUUGGAUAUAUGAAGGCAUCACUGAUUCAAGAAAUAAAUAAAAAACGUCAGCAAUGCUAUCCUACUGUAUGGCUUGAUCGACAAUUAGUAUUUUGUUUCAGACCUGGAGAUUUUGAACUCGGAGAUUCUGGAGCAAGUGUUAUCGAUCAAGAAGGAAAAGCUCUUGGUAUCCUCCACGCGGCAUGGAUAACAGCACAUUUCACAUACGCUAUUGCUUCUCCUUACUUUGCAGUUUUUGAAGCACUGAAUGUAGAUCCGCCUAAUCUCGCAGAUGCUGAAGAAACAUCAGGUUCAGCUAAUUUAAGUUAA